CAUGCAACCCUCCAGUUCGGAUCUUGUGACAUCGUAUCUUGAUAACAAAAGUGCAUAAAGUGUGUUGUAGUAUUCUGUAGUUUUCCAUUCCUACCGUUGCUCAAUUGUGUUUUUGCUGGAACAAACUCGCUGGCGCUAAAAUGAGCUAUCAGGACGAGGAGGAGCAAGUGGGAUCGUUUCCGAAAGAUUUCGGGUACGGCGACUUUGAACACGAGACCGACAGCAAUCGUGUGUCGGAUGAUAAGCCCCGAAUUCUGCUGAUGGGACUACGCCGUUCUGGAAAAAGCUCCAUCCAGAAGGUGGUGUUCCACAAGAUGUCACCGAACGAGACGCUGUUUCUGGAAUCGACUAACAAAAUUGUUAAAGAUGACAUCAACAACAAUAGCUUUGUACAGUUCCAGAUCUGGGAUUUUCCAGGACAGAUUGAUUUCUUCGAUCCAACAUUCGAUUCCGACAUGAUCUUCGGUGGUUGCGGUGCGCUAGUGUUCGUAAUUGACGCGCAAGACGACUAUUUGGAGGCGUUGACAAAGCUAAAUCAGACCGUCACCAAGGCACACAAGGUCAAUCCGCGUAUCAAGUUCGAAGUGUUUAUCCACAAGGUUGACGGGGUUAGCGAUGACUUUAAGAUGGAAUCGCAACGGGACAUCCACUCUCGUGCGACCGACGACCUGAUCGACGCUGGACUCGAAGGAGUACACUUGAACUUCCACCUCACGUCGAUCUACGAUCAUUCGAUCUUCGAGGCGUUUUCGAAAGUGGUCCAAAAGUUGAUACCUCAACUGGCAGCGCUCGAGAAUUUGCUAAAUCUGUUUAUUCAUAACUCGGGCAUUGAAAAGGCGUUCCUGUUCGAUGUGGUAUCCAAAAUUUACAUUGCCACCGACGCAACACCAGUGGAUAUGCAGAGCUACGAGCUAUGCUGUGAUAUGAUCGAUGUAGUCAUUGAUCUAUCGUGUAUCUACGGUUCCAGAGACAAUCCCGAUGUACCCGCAUUCGACAACCAAAGUUCGAGCAUCAUAAAAAUGAACAAUAGCACGGUCCUCUACUUGCGUGAAGUAAACAAAUUCCUCGCCUUGGUUUGCAUCAUCCGGGAGGAAAGCUUUGCCCGGCAAGGAGUCAUCGAUUACAACUUCCUGUGCUUCCGGGAGGCCAUUACUCAGGUAUUUGAGUUACGCUUCAAACAUCAGAAACUGGAAGCGCUUGAACAGGACUCGGACAAUGCGAGCGACUACCGAGUAAAUGCAAUUUCUUCUAUCAACGGAAGUGGUUCGAAAAACUUCGAGCUUCAUAUCGGCAGUAAGUCAUCGAUGGGUUAGACCGGAAUUCGUAUCCAGUUAGUAUGUUCUUAUGGCAAAGUAAUCAUGGGCAAUCUUGUUUAGUUUUUACACAUUCAUACCUAAAUUUACUCAAACUCGUUGAUUUUAAAAAAAAAGUUUAUUUGUUUUGCUUUGUCGAGAAACAGCAAGCGUAAAGGAGAGGAUACAUAAAUAAUUCCCGUGUUAAAGUUUGUGUUUUAAACGUCGGUUUUCUUUUUGAAAUUUAAUAUUCUCAAAACGAAAUGUAUAAUGGUGUAUGAAAAUGUA